AGUCUCGCGAAGGCUGCUCAGGGAGUCCCGGCUGAAACUGCGGAGCGCGGGUCGCUGCCGCAGCAACUGACUGCAUAUUUCCGUUGCUGGCGUCUCGGCUCAGGUGUCAUUGCUAAUGCUGAUGGGUCCAGUCCAAGUGCAGCCCAGCUUGCCCUAAAUGCUGCAGACUUGCAGAUCAUGAGAACGUUGGUUUUCAUGAUAUCAUAUUAGUCUUCCCAUUUCCCUCUGAAAAUAUACUACGGGAUUCUACAGUACACAUCACAGGAGCUACACAUAUUGAAGACAAUGUCUGGAAGCUUCUACUUUGUAAUUGUUGGCCACCAUGAUAAUCCAGUUUUUGAAAUGGAGUUUUUGCCCGCUGGAAAAGCAGAAUCCAAAGACGAUCAUCGUCAUCUGAACCAGUUCAUAGCUCACGCUGCCCUUGACCUUGUAGAUGAGAAUAUGUGGCUGUCAAACAACAUGUACUUGAAAACUGUGGACAAGUUCAAUGAGUGGUUUGUUUCAGCAUUUGUUACUGCAGGUCAUAUGAGAUUUAUUAUGCUUCAUGACAUAAGGCAAGAAGAUGGAAUAAAGAACUUCUUUACUGAUGUCUAUGAUUUAUACAUAAAGUUUGCAAUGAAUCCAUUUUAUGAACCCAAUUCUCCUAUUCGAUCAAGUGCAUUUGACAGAAAAGUUCAGUUUCUUGGGAAGAAACACCUUUUAAGCUGAAUGCAGAAAAAUUCGGAAAGAAACAAUGUCACUACAAUGGGGUAUUCUCAGGAAUGUGUAUGUGUACAUUGUAAGUUACUUGAUUAAAUAGCCUGGAAAAGUUUUACUUGUACUCUCAAUUUAUCUAAACCUAAUGGAAUUCCUUGUAUAUUUAAAACUAGUACAUUCAGUCAUAGAAUUAUGAACAGAUCAACAUUUGCUUAUGAACAGUGUUAUUUCUAAAGGGCUGUAUCAGUAAUUUUGAAAUACUUGUACCUUUAUUUUUUGAGAAUAAGCUUUUGACUUUCCUCAUUCAGAUUGCUUGAUCGUGAUGUAAUGUCAUUGUCAAGAUUUGGUAGACAGAUGUAAAACCAACAGCAUCUGCAGCGGGGAAUCAAGUUGAUAGCACAUACAUGGGCUUAGCUGUACAUCUAGAGAUGUUAUGAACAGGCAGUAUACGUAGCACUACCCAAGAAACCGAAGCAAACAGCUUUUGCAGUGCCAAAUGCCACGUGCAUGCCCGUCAAGAGACUGGGAACGGUGAUCCUGCUGCCAUUCUAGAAUCCUGGGUCCAUGUUUAUAAAAUGGGAGCUUGGAACCAAAGUGACAGGUUAUGUCCUCCUAUUCCGUUUCCCUCAGACAGUGUACUAAAGAUGGAGUGAGCCUGCUGAUAACCUGUACUAGUAAAGCGUUGUAAGGCAAUGGGAGAGUUGUAAAGAAAGCAAAGCCUGCAUUAUGGUGACAUGCAGUCAGUCAACCUUUCAGGCUGUGCAGCCGAAGGGGGCGGGGUGGUGUCUUGUACUGUAACACGUGUGGGAUCGUACUGUGAACGAGUAAAUGUCAAUUGAAAAUCAAGUAAUAUAACCUGAUACUUUCUGCGCUAAUUAUGAGCACUUGAAUUUUCUCCCAUUCUGAAUAACUUGAGCAAGUAAUUCUAAGUUUGGUCUUGUAUCUUUGUGUGAAUUGCUACCAUGAUUUUUAACCCCAUCUAUUUAUUUGACUUCUUAAAUAAAGAUGUUUGUCCAAGA